CUUUCCGGAGUUAAAACUGACUGUUUGUGUUUUGACAGCUCACUCUCCUAUACGGUAGCUGUCAAAGCAAAUGAUUUCCUUGAGCUAACUUUAAGCUAGCUUCGCCGUUAAAUCUCUGCCCAAAGUUACCGAUGCAAACUAUAAAGUGUGUGGUGGUGGGUGAUGGUGCAGUGGGAAAGACAUGCCUGCUCAUCUCAUACACGACCAACAAGUUUCCCUCUGAAUACGUUCCUACGGUGUUCGACAACUAUGCAGUGACUGUGAUGAUCGGCGGAGAACCGUACACUCUGGGACUGUUUGACACUGCAGGUCAGGAGGAUUACGACAGACUGCGACCCCUCAGCUACCCUCAGACUGACGUCUUCCUCGUUUGUUUCUCUGUCGUAUCACCUUCAUCCUUCGAGAACGUCAGAGAGAAGUGGGUGCCAGAGAUUUCACACCACUGCCCGCGGACGCCCUUCCUGCUGGUGGGGACUCAGGUGGAUCUCAGAGACGACAGCAACACCCUGGAGAAGCUGGCCAAGAACAAACAGCGAGCCCUGAGCUGUGAGAGCGGAGAGAAGCUGGCUCGUGAGCUGAAGGCCGUCAAAUACGUGGAGUGUUCGGCUCUGACGCAGAGGGGACUGAAGAACGUUUUUGACGAGGCCAUCCUGGCAGCUCUGGAGCCUCCGGACACCAAACCCAAAAAGCGCUGCAUUCUGUUGUAGAUGCCAUGACAAGAAGAAGAAGAAGAAGAAGAGGAGGAGGAGGAUAGGUGGAGGUGGACCAGGAGGAGAUUAUUAACCCAGAUGGGAACUGAGGGGGGGAGGGUAGACGCAUUUAAACAGUGCCUUCAGCCAUAGUGACUUACCGUGGGUGUGGUGUUAGAACGGAUAGGCGCUUUGUUUUCAUCACCGUAACAUGACUAACAUGUUUGAGCAACACUCCUCGCUAACCUGGAAACAGGGUUUUAAUAAUCGCAGGAAGCAGAUUGAGCAAUAGUAGUUUAAACCUCAGAUGCCUUGAAGAUACAAACAAUGGAUGGAGUCACGUUUGCAACUGAAACCUAACAAAAACUUUUAAAAUCAUAAAAAAAAUCUACAAGGAACUGUAUAAAAUAUCUGAAAUAAAUUUUGGGAACAAUGUGUUGGGUCAGUAAACUGCUGCUUUAUAUUUGUGACACUUGUUUUAAUGAUUGAUCUGCUGUUGAUUUCAUAGUCUUGAAAUAAUUUGGUAAUCCUAGUUUGAACAGUUGUGGUGUACAGUAGCAGUGACAGGCGCUACACUGUUGAUCUCAAACACAGCUUUUUUUUUUUUUUUACAUGUCAACUUUUCCACCUUAAAACAAAAAAACUUUGAGCAAUAUUUUUCCCUUUUCUUUUGUUAACAUAAAAAUUAACUCUGCAGAUUUAGAAUUUUUAUUUUAACCUUUAAAGCAAAAAAAUCGUAUGCAGUUGUGCAGGCUUUGUGGAUUUAUGUAACACAUGAGAGACACGUGGCACUCAGAGAAUCCUCAGCUGAAAAUCUACAUAUACAAAAAAUAACCUACAGGAGAAAAAAGCUUAUUUCAAGUCAAACCUGUAGAGCUGCUUUGAUUAGAUUUGACUGUUGCUUCUGUAUGUGCAGUUUUUAUGUCCUGGUCACCGGUGAAAUUAAAAGUAUUUAAGGUAGUGCUUUAAACUAAGUGUCCAGAGGUGUUUCAGCGUAGCUGCCGAGUGGCUGUGUUGGCUUCUAUAAGGCCUUUGUUGACAUUCUCAUCCUGUGGCGAAAAAUCCUGUGAAAUCCUGCUAGUUUGCUCUUAAUGUAUCCAGAAUAAAAUUCAAGGAAGUCCUUUUGAAGAAAGCAGGAAAUCUUUCCAAGCUGCUGUAGUUUGAUCUCAACAUAAGGUUAGAUAAAUCAUAAAGUAGAUAAACCCGUCCACCUCUGCUUAAACUGUAGAUUUAAAUAUAAUCAGGAGUGUAGAUCAUAAGAAAGUCAACAUUAGUGCUGUUUUAUUCAGUCACUGGUUUCAAUAAAGCAACAAUAAGAUCAACAACAAACAUUUUCAACAGUCUUAUAUCAUCUAGCUGACACCUUUGGGCACUUUUAAAUCUAAAUCCCAAAAUAAACAGUUAAAAAAGGUCUUUGCCGUUUCCUCCAAACACUGAAAGAAAUGACAGUUCAUGUUAUCAUAAGUAGAGAAGAAAGAUGCCUGAGGAUUUACAAUGACCGUUUAGCCCAACAUGCUUGUGUGAACCUACGUGUGCAAACCGACCUGGGGAUUCAAACCAGGAACCUUCCCGCUGUGAGGCAACGCUGCUAACCGCUGCAGCUCCAGUAGCCUUCAGUUUAGGAUUGUUUGAGAGCCGUGUCUCCUCCUUAUAAUGCCGCUGCCUCCUGCAUGUGUGAGUUCUGUAACUUGACUUCAUCCGUGUCUAAAAGAAUAACUGAGACUAAACAUUUACUUACUGGGCAGAAGCUGCACUUUAACAGCAACACAGUAGCUAACAGUGCCUCAAUCUGUAGCUGAGAGAAGUUAGAAACUCGAUGUUCUCAUGUGGAUGCAUUGCUUUCCAAAGUAACAAAAAUCAAAUAUUCAGUCUUGAAUUGAGAUUUCUCAAAUUCCAUCUGGCAACAGGACAAAUGUGGGAUAUUCAGGAAAUCUGGAGUCAUGGGGUUUUCACCUGACCACAGAAACGUGAAUGUUUUGCAAGAAUUUGCAUGCAACUGCACACAAUAUCAUAUAACUCCUAACAAUAACUCUUAACUGUAAACAUUGGUAGAGAUAUUGAAAAAUAGAUUUUAGGGUGAAAUGUCCCUUUAGAACAAGUCACUGUGUGAGACGCGCCUUUUCUUUAGUUUCUUAAAUGUUUUCCACCUUAUUAAACUGUCAAAGUCGACACAGACAAACGGUCCUCGUGUGACCACCUCUUGUUUUGUCCACUCCUGCUUCUCUGCUCCAGGCUAGAACCUGAGGUGGUUCUCUGGUGGCUCGUUGGCUCCUCCUGGAGGCCUUGAAGGGGAAUAUGCUGGUUUAAAGGUUUCUGUGUGUCAUUUCAUUGGCUAAAAGCAGGCUGAUCAGUGUUUGAGAAGUUAAAGUUGGGUCUUUUAAAGACAUCAAUUCUACUUUCAUUCAUCUUCUAGCAGCUUCACAGUUUUUAUAUUUCAUUUUACUACCUUUAAAUAAGAAAGUGCUGCCCUGACCUUUAGAAAAACCCUCCUCAGUGACUGAAUUUUCCCAGUCAUUUAUUGAAAUCUGCUGCUCUGACAGCAAACUUGGACUGAAAGAGUCGGUGCUGCUUAUUUUUAUUCAUCUUUCAUAAAGUUAGUUAAAGCUACAAUCAACAAACCUCUGAUCUGAGGAUGGUUUAAGGCGGUAUAACUGGUGAGAUAUUAAAAAUCUUUUGUUUUAUUGUUCUCUAACACUGAUCAGGAGUCAGUAACACAUUUUAAACCUUUAAACUAAAAUCAUUUCCCAUUCAAAUGAACUGAAAUUCCACUUUCCCUCCUCUGUUUCUUUCCUAUGGUUGAUGAUGGUUUAUUCUGAUUAUGUAUGGAUGAUUAUAAGUAUUAUAUAGAUUUUUUUUCUUUAUUGUUUCCUGGUGAUUUUUUUUUUUUUUUUUUUUUUUUUUUUUUUUUAACUGGGUGUUUCUGGAAUUUUUAUUCCUUUUCUUUUUAGAUGUUUUUACUGACACUUGAUGGUUGAGUGCCAACAGCUGGUUCGAGUAUCGCCGGCCGGGUUGAAACUAAGUGAUAACAAGCUUCUAAUGGCAGAAAAGAAACAUGAGAGCUAAAGCAAGAAUUAAAUAUGUUUUAAAAGAUGAAUGUUGGAAGUGGUGGGUGUUUGGAAAUAAUAAAACCAGUACUUGAAGGUU